CUGUGAGUAUCACCAUCUUGCUUGACUGUUGCACGUGUACCGUGUACAACAUGGCAACUCAAGACAAAUUAACCAGAAUCGCUAUAGUAAAUAGCGACAAAUGCAAACCAAAGCGGUGUAAACAAGAGUGUAAAAAGUCAUGUCCAGUUGUCCGAAUGGGUAAAUUGUGCAUCGAAGUUACACCCAAUGAUAAGAUCGCUGCCAUUUCCGAAGAACUCUGCAUUGGUUGCGGCAUUUGUGUAAAGAAAUGUCCAUUUGAAGCUAUUUCCAUUAUAAAUCUUCCAAGUAAUCUUGAAAAAGACACAACUCACAGGUAUAGUCAAAAUUCUUUUAAGCUUCAUCGGCUUCCUACUCCCAGACCAGGCGAGGUUUUAGGUUUGGUUGGUACUAAUGGCAUUGGAAAGUCUACUGCCCUUAAAAUUCUGGCUGGUAAAUUAAAACCAAAUCUUGGGAGAUUCUCUGAUCCCCCUGACUGGACAGAAAUUCUGGCACAUUUUCGGGGUUCUGAAUUGCAAAACUAUUUUACGAAAAUCUUGGAAGAUGAUCUUAAAGCUAUCAUCAAACCUCAAUAUGUUGAUCAAAUUCCAAAAGCAGUUCAAGGUUCUGUUCAACAGCUUCUUGAUAAAAAGGAUGAGUUAAAAAAUCAGAAUUUAAUUUGUAAAAUGCUCGAUUUGGGAAAUGUCAGGGAUAGGCAAGUUCAAGAUCUUUCUGGUGGAGAGUUGCAAAGAUUUGCAUGUGCCAUUGUUUGCAUACAAAGAGCAGAUAUAUUUAUGUUCGAUGAACCGUCCAGUUAUUUGGAUGUUAAACAACGUUUGAAAGCUGCUGAGGCUAUCCGCUAUCUGAUUAAUCCUGAUAAGUACAUAAUUGUUGUUGAGCACGACCUUUCUGUUCUUGAUUACUUGUCCGACUUCAUUUGCUGCUUGUAUGGAGUUCCUGGUGCUUAUGGUGUUGUUACUAUGCCAUUUUCAGUACGGGAAGGAAUUAAUAUUUUCCUUGAUGGCUUUGUUCCCACGGAGAAUCUGAGAUUUCGUGAUGUGUCUCUAGUUUUUAAAGUUUCAGAGACUGCAUCCGAGGAAGAAAUAAAACGAAUGUGUAGAUACGAAUACCCAAAAAUGAUGAAGCAGUUAGGAAAUUUCAAGAUGUGUGUUGAUCCGGGUACAUUUACCGACUCUGAAAUAAUUGUGAUGCUGGGAGAGAAUGGCACCGGCAAGACAACAUUCAUUCGAAUGAUGGCUGGAAAACUUCAACCUGAUGAUGGGGCAACUGUUCCUCCUUUGAAUAUUAGUUACAAGCCACAGAAAAUAUCUCCCAAAUCUCAAGGAAGUGUUCGCCAACUUUUGCAUGAGAAGGUUCGCGAUGCUUAUGUUCAUCCACAGUUUAUUGCCGAUGUAAUGAAACCUUUACAAAUUGAUAACAUUAUUGAUCAAGAAGUGAGAAAUUUAUCUGGAGGGGAGCUGCAGAGAGUAGCUUUGGUGCUUUGCCUGGGUAAACCUGCAGAUGUGUAUCUUAUUGAUGAGCCUUCUGCCUACUUGGACUCUGAACAACGUUUAGUAGCUGCUAAAGUUAUCAAAAGAUUUAUUCUUCAUGCUAAAAAAACUGGAUUUGUGGUAGAGCACGAUUUCAUUAUGGCUACUUAUUUGGCAGACAGAGUCAUUGUUUUUGAAGGUAAGCCAUCUGUUGAAACUAUGGCCAACACUCCUCAGACAUUAUUGGCCGGCAUGAACAAGUUCUUGGAACUUUUAAACAUAACAUUUCGCAGAGAUCCCAAUAACUUUCGACCUCGUAUUAAUAAAUUGAAUUCUGUUAAAGAUUCAGAGCAAAAAAGAGGUGGAAAUUAUUUCUUUUUAGAAGAUUAAUGCAGUUUAUAUUUAGUUAAGUAUUAUUUAAAUUUAUGCUGUUGCUACAAUAUUGAAAUCAUUUUUUAAAAAUAAUUUCUGUUUAAAAUGUUUUAUACAAGACUCCCUGUGCUUUCUCGCUAAAAAACCCAUCUAUGAAUGAAUUUUCUUUACUUAAUUCUGUGUAAUAUUUAUGAGAAUAAAAAAAAUAUUCUUCUACGAGUUAGUCAUAUAACUGCACAAUUUUGCACCGUUUAUAUAACGCAACGUUGUUUAUUUUAUAAAAUGUAAAUUUGAAGCUGUGUGAAAACUAUGCUCUUCAACUCAUUUAUAUAAUUUUGACUACGGGCUGUACAUAAAUGUUGUCAGUUUUCUUUCAACAUAUUUUAUUUCAAUGUCAUUGUCGUUUUUUUACCUAUAUAUAUUUGUUUUCUAAAAAUGCUUUUAUUUCAACCAAAAUGUGUGAUGUCACACUGCUUGUUUAACCCGUUCGGAAUGAAUGACGCAAAUUUGCGUCAGCGCUAGAUGCAGGGUUCGCCAAUAUAUAUAUAUGAUAUUUGUUGGAUAUUAUUUUGAUAGAAAGAAAACUUGAAAAUAUCGAUUUCAUACGAAAAAAGUUAAUAAUUAAAUUUGUUUUGCAAAGAAAUCAUUUAAUAUAAAUCUGAAAUAAUUUUAUGGUUUUCAUGUUAGAAAAUUUUUUACUGUCGCAGAUGGAAAAACUAUGAUACAAAUGGUAAAGGUAAAUCAUAAUGUGCUUUCUGCGCAUCAAUGAUUCUUUAUAUAUUUUCUCUUUUGUUUUUGCCCUUAUAAUCAAGAUUUAGGUCAAACUUUCUUCUAUUGAUAACAGAGCUAAUAAAGAUAAUUGACCAUCAGAAAUAAGAGUACGCAAAGGACACUUAAUUCU